AUGUUGACCAUGGGCCAACCGCAGUUCUUCCGGUAUACCACAGAAACCGGCUAUUUCCUCCAAGAUGAGGAGACUACCGACCCGGCAACAUUCGACUAUGUAGCAACCAAUUUCGGGCUUAUUCCCAAGGUCUAUGGCACUGAAUCAGAGGACAACUCGCAAGCCACCCAGUGGCAGAGAUUCAACACACAUAUCCAAAGCCUGAAUGACCAAGCUGAGCCCCGAACGAGGUAUAAAGUUCUCUUCCUUGGGCGUCAUGGCGAAGGCGUCCAUAAUGUCGCAGAGCGUCGGUACGGCACUCAAGCAUGGGAUGACUACUGGUCUCUUCUCGACGGCGACGAGUACGGGACAUGGGUUGACGCCCGUCUCACGGACCUGGGUAUCUCCCAGGCCAAAACUGCAAAUGCUGCCUGGGCUCAGCAGAUCGAGCAUGGGAUCCCAUCUCCGCAGUCGUACUACGUGAGUCCGCUGAACCGGUGCUUGGAGACGGGUCGCAUCACGUUCGAAGGACUGGGCUUGCCCGAUACGGACCCGUUCCGGCCGUUGAUUCAAGAGCUCCUCCGAGAGACAACCGGCGUGCACACCUGCGACCGCCGAUCCAAGGCAUCCGAAAUCGCCGCUCAGUUCCCGCUCUACCGCUUCGAGCCCGACUUCGCCGAAGACGACCCGCUCUGGGACCCCAAGAGACGGGAAUCGGACAACGAGCGCAACCAGCGCCUUAUCGGGCUGCUGAACGACAUCUUUGGCAGCGACGAAAACGUGUUUCUGUCAUUGACCGCGCAUUCUGGCGCCAUCACCAGCAUCCUGGAAGUCACGGGCCAUCGGCCGUUCCCGUUGGCGACGGGCGCCGUGAUCCCCGUUGUGGUGAGAGCGGAGCAGAUCGGGCAAGGUUCGCAGGCUAGGCCGUCUGGGGCUGAUUCUGCGAUCAAUAUCCUUGCGGAUAGAGCUCGGACGGAUUCGGAUCUAACUGCCCUUAUGAAAGUGGUGGCGUCGGGACGGGCGUCGGCCGAGCAGAUGGAGGCACUUCAACGAUGUGUGGAUCAGGCUGAAGUGGUACAGGGGUGA